AUGUUUCCCGGCUGCUGCCUCGCGGCUGUUCUCGUCGCAGCUCUCGCCUCUCCUCACCGUCUCGCCACGUCGGCGGCGGCGGCGGGCGAGGGAAGCGCGACGACGACGAGCUGGCACGACGUGAGCGUCAAGUCGCUGCUGCCGAACACGAUCUGCACGGCCACGAAAGGACCAGCGGCACCCAGCUCGUCGGCGCUCACCGUCGUGCACAGGCACGGCCCGUGCUCGCCGCUGCAGUCACGCGGCGGCGCACCGUCCCAUACCGAGAUCCUACGCCGGGACCAGGACCGAGUCGACGCCAUACGCCGCAAGGCGGCCGCUGUAACUGCGGCGUCCAAGUCCAAGGGCGGCAUGUCCCUGCUGGCGAACUGGGGCAAAUCUCUCGGCACCAACAACUACGUCACCUCGCUCCGCCUGGGCACGCCGGCGACGGACCUGCUGGUGGAGCUCGACACCGGCAGCACCCAGUCGUGGGUGCAGUGCAAGCCAUGCGCGGACUGCUACGAGCAGCACGACCCGGUCUUCGACCCCACCAGGUCGGCGACGUACUCCGCCAUACCCUGCGGCGCGCGGGAGUGCCAGGAGCUCAGCUCGUCGUCGCGCAACUGCUCGUCGGACAACAAGAAGUGCCCCUACGAGGUCUCCUACGGAGACGACUCGUACACCGUCGGUGACCUCGCGCGCGACACGCUGACGCUGUCGCUGACGCCGGCCGACACGGUCCUGGGCUUCGUCUUCGGGUGCGGCCACAGCAACGCCGGGACCUUCGGCGAGAUCGACGGGCUCUUGGGCCUCGGCCGCGGGAAGGCGUCGCUGCCGUCGCAGGUGGCGGCCAGGUACGGCGCGGGCUUCUCCUACUGCCUUCCGUCGUCGUCGAGCGCCGCGGGGUACCUGUCCUUCGGCGGAGCCGCCGCCCCUGCGAACGCGCAGUUCACGGAGAUGGUGACCGGCCAGGACCCGACGUCCUACUACCUCAACCUCACCGGCAUAAUGGUCGCCGGACGGGCGAUCAAGGUGCCCCCGUCCGUGUUCGCGACGGCGGCGGGGACCAUUAUCGACUCGGGCACCGCGUUCAGCCGCCUCCCCCCACGCGCCUACGCGGCGCUGCGGUCGUCGUUCCGAAGCGCCAUGGGCAGGUACAGGUACAAGAGGGCGCCCAGCUCGACCAUUUUCGACACGUGCUAUGACUUCACCGGCCACGAGACCGUGCAGAUACCGUCGGUGGCGCUGGUGUUCGCCGACGGCGCCACCGUGCACCUGCACCCCAGCGGCGUGCUUUAUACGUGGAACGAUGUGUCCCAGACGUGCCUCGCGUUCGUGCCCAACCAGGACGAGCGGGGGGCAUACUUGGGAACACGCAGCAGAGGACGCUCGCCGUCAUCUACGACGUGGGCAACCAGAAGAUCGGGUUCGGCGCCAAGGGCUGCGCCUGAAAUCCACCGUGAUUCAGAACUAAAGUUCAAGACGGUAAAUGAAGAACCAUUCAUUCGAUGCAAAGAACCUCGUGGCUCUUGA